AUGGGCGCGAUUCGACCACGAGUCACCGGGCCAGACGCAGCCUCACCGCCCCUGGAAUGUGUUCAAUUACCCGCGGGUUCAGUAGCUUCUUCAGCACGACGGACUGACUUACCUCCGCGUCCCUUGCUUGGUCAAGCUCCCGACGACGGUUGCGCACCGCGAUGGGUUCCGAGGGCUGGUACACGGCGAGCCACAUGCGGCAAACUCCGGGACAGUGGCCAUCCAGUCAUGGCUGCCGGCAGACCCCUGGGAGGCAAAUCGGGACAUCCUUUCCAGAAGGUGCCUGCAUCGAGGAGGCAAAUAACCGAGUCUUGGAGAGACUCUCGUCUGGGUCUUGGUCGGGCUUGGUUUGAUAGGAUCGGGAUGCCAAUUCCCCAUGAUCAUCUCAAAUCUCCUGACCCAGACCAGACUCGCGAGGGCAGACCAUGGGCAAUCCCCCCUUCCCCCCCAAAUUCGGGCCGACGUGGUGAGGGCUCAGGCAUCCUAUCCCCCGACAUCGCUGCUCCUCCUCAUUCUCUCCUCACCGGCCAUCGGCUGUGCCCCGACGGUCUCGAUCGUCUCGAUCUACCUGACUCGACUUUGGUCGAGCAACACUUAUAUGCUCUCUUGGUCUAUAGUCCUCACCAAAGUGGUUCCCCUCACGGGGACCAACCAAAGCUCUCUCGGACAUCCGCCGAGCAAGGGAGCCAAGCCAGCCUUAUUCUCUGGGCAUCUGACAUGAUGCAAUCGUUGUUACUGAAUGGUCGACUGACAGAUGGAUCUAUCAUCUGUCUCUCGAGGGAAUGGUGCAUAUAUACCGCAUCUGCAAGGUCACCCUCGCCUAGCUUCAUCUUGUCUACGGUACCCGUACAUGUCCUCUAUGGACCGAGAAACGUUAGUUACAUCGACAUAUUCGCGCGCGCCAACGGCCCCUUCUCGAAAAGCAUCAGGUCCAACGUCUCCUACGUCUCCAUCACCGCGACACCCGGAACCCUCACUCCCCCAGCAAACCACUCUGACUCGCGCAGCUACCUCGACGUGGACUGGCCCAAGGCACCUACAGAGGCCCCACUAACCAUUACAGGCACUACCAAGAACAAUAGUACUAACACCAAGAAUGAUAGCAACACCCUCACCAUCAGCACAUCCCUCCUCCCCAUCAACAAAACUACCAUCCCCCCAAACUUCACCGGCCUCAUUGAAUCCAACGACGUCAUCUCCAUCGAACCCACACACUGGACACCAACAACCACCAUCACCACCACCUCAACCCAAACAGCAUCAGCGUCUUAUACUAUGGUGUACAUCGAAAAUCCCAUACUACGGACACACCUCAUCAGACGUAAACCUCUGACCCGUAACAACCCCCUCACAAACCACACUCAUAGGCCCAAAGAUAACCUACAGCUUCUACUCCUUCCCGCCCCUUCUGCCAAACCGAUCGUCCUGCUCAGCGACUCGCUGAAUCGUAAUCCCACCCGGCCGCUGAAACCGACGUAUUCGUUGGACACGGACGAGCCGGAGACUGUUCUGACAGUGGGGGAUUAUCAGGCAGGGUCGAUGCUUCCGGAUUGGGAUACGGCUGUUACCGGUAUUCCUGGGGGGUAG